ACAAGUGUCCGCCGAAAACAUAAAAGCUUUCUAACCAGUGACUUUAAAUUUUGCUUUGCGCAGUGUUUACUUGUAAAACGAACCAUUUUGUAGAAUGCAUGGAACAGAAGAUGAACCCGAAGAUGUUUUCAUGUAAAAUUUAGCAAAGUACGAAGAGACUGCUUACUCUGUUGGAUGGUGCUGGACUCGGCGACAUUAUUGUUGUGGCAUCCAGUAACAUUGGGAGAUGCCAAGAAAGAGGCCCACAGAGUCCUCAUGGGACAGUGAUGAUGACCUCCUUGAUGAAGAGCUCUCUGGAAUCCAUGCAUUUAGAAAGUCCAAAGAUGAUUCAGAGGAAGAGUUUGAUGAAGAUGCCCUCCUAGGACUGGGUGAUGACACUGAUAAAGAUGCCAGUGGGAAAGAUGAGACUGCAGAUGACCUGGAAGAGUCAGCACCGCCUGAUGAAGACUUUGUGGAGAUAGAGCCCAUAACUGAUGAGUUCACAGCCCAGAACGAGGAAGAGGAGGAGGAGGACCUUAUCGAGGAAGAUGUCAUUGACAUUGACGUCUCAGCAGGGGGUGACCUAGAUGACACAGGGAUAGACACACAUGACGAAACGCAGGAUGACACAGAGGGUGACAUGCAGGGAGAUGAUGUGGUCACCAGUACUGUAAAGGAAGCCUGGAAUGAGGCCCCUGAAUCAAGUACACGUCGAAGCGCUAAAUCCAGGCUAGGACCAAAAACUGCAGAGCCUGACAUCCAAGAACAAGAGGAGCAUGAACCUGCAGGAGAACAGGCCGACACGACUGUCUCGGACAUGCAUGAGGACAGCGUGCAGCAUGCAGAGGACGAGAGUGAGGAGAGCGAGAGUGAUGAGGAGGAGAGAAGGGGGCGGUUUAAGACGGAGAGGAAAAUGAUCAAGUUGACCAGUUCCGGUGGUCACUCCAAUGCCACCUCCAGAUCAAGGACUGAGAUCCCAGACACGCUGGAGAUCAGCAAAGAAGAACAAGACAAGAUAGAAGAAUUUCUUCACCACAAGGGAAGAGGCAAACGCUUCCAAAAACCAAACCAGCAGCAACAUCAGAGGGGUAAAGGGCAACAGUCUCAGCAGCAACAACAUCAUCAGCAACAGCAGCAGUUUGGACCCCGGGGACGAGGAUGGACACCCCCAAGGGCCCAGGGCUCCAUGCCACGCCCUGGGGCCAACCAAGCCACACCCUUGCUCCAGACUCCUGGGGUGCCUAUGCCACGCCCUGUUCCAGGCCAGCCAAGAAAGAUUCUCAUUAACCCACAUUUCCGAGGGACAGUCACAGUGCGUCCCGAGGCCAGGUUAAUAUGGGACAGGGACACACCCACUUCUCUAGCGGGACAGCCACUGGCGGCAUCUGGGAUGACCCUGGGCGGACCUGGGAUGCCAUCAGGGGCGGGGCCGCAGCCGGCACGCCCACAAGAGGCAGUGCAUCACAGACCCCCUCUGUACCCAGCACCUUCAUCUCAACCACAGCCACAACCGUAUCAGCCACCUCAGCAGCUCAUGGCUGGGGUUCCUCCUGGCAGUGUGCAGGGUCCCCCUGGUGGCAUGCAGCAACCCAUGUCAUCUACUCAGCAUGUGGGAUAUCAGCCUGGUCCAUACCAGCACCCUCAUCAAGCCCCAAAUGCUGGUCCUCCCAGAACAGGACCUCCAGGGCCUGGAGGACCACAGCUACAACACCAGGUAAAUGGGAACUAG